AUGAUCACAGUCAACCCUGAUGGGAAGAUAAUGGUCAGAAGAUGCCUGGUCACCCUGAGACCCUUUCGGCUUUUUGUCCUGGGCAUUGGCUUCUUCUCACUCUGCUUCCUGAUGACGUCUCUGGGAGGCCAGUUCUCAGCCCGGCGCCCGGGGGACUCUCCCUUCACUGUCCGCACAGAAGUGAUGGGUGGGCCGGAGUCCCGCGGUGUCCUCCGCAAGAUGAGUGACCUGCUGGAGCUGAUGCUGAGGCGCAUGGACACGCUGGCCAGGCUGGAGAACAGCAGUGAGCUACACCGGGCUGCCGGCGACAGGCGCUUCCCUGUGGACAGACUACCCCCCGGGGCCGGCCUCAUGGAGCGGAUCCAGGCCAUAGCCCAGAACGUCUCGGACAUCGCCGUGAAGGUGGACCAGAUCCUGCGCCACAGCCUGCUCCUGCACGGCAAGGUGUCUGAAGGCCGGCGGGACCAGUGUGAGGCACCCAGCGACCCCAAGUUCCCUGACUGCUCAGGGAAGGUAGAGUGGAUGCGUGCCCGCUGGACCUCUGACCCCUGCUAUGCCUUCUUCGGGGUGGACGGCACCGAGUGCUCCUUCCUCGUCUACCUCAGUGAGGUCGAGUGGUUCUGUCCCCCGCUGCCCUGGAGGAACCGGACGGCCACCCAGAGAGCCCGCAAGCCCCUCCCCAAAGUCCAGGCAGUUUUCCGGAGCAAUCUAUCCCACCUCCUGGAGCUGAUGGGCAGCGGGAAGGAGUCUCUGAUCUUCAUGAAGAAACGUACCAAGCGGCUCACGGCCCAGUGGGCACUGGCUGCCCAGCGCCUCGCGCAGAAGCUGGGGGGCGCCCGGCGGGACCAGAAGCAGGUCCUUGUCCACAUUGGCUUCCUGACGGAGGAGUCUGGGGACGUGUUCAGCCCGCGGGUGCUGAAGGGCGGGCCUCUGGGGGAGAUGGUGCAGUGGGCAGACAUCCUGGCUGCUCUCUACGUCCUGGGCCACGGCCUCCGGGUCACGGUGUCCCUGAAGGAGCUGCAGAGUAACUUAGGGGUGCCGCCAGGCCGGGGGAACUGCCCGCUCACCAUGCCCCUGCCUUUCGACCUCAUCUACACCGACUACCACGGCCUGCAGCAGAUGAAGCAGCACAUGGGACUCUCCUUCAAGAAGUACCGGUGCCGCAUCCGGGUCAUCGACACCUUUGGGACGGAACCUGCAUACAACCACGAGGAGUACGCCACCCUGCACGGCUACCGGACAAACUGGGGCUACUGGAACCUCAACCCUAAGCAGUUCAUGACCAUGUUCCCUCACACCCCGGACAACUCCUUCAUGGGCUUCGUGUCCGAGGAGCUCAACGAGACGGAGAAGCAGCUCAUCAAAGGCGGCAAGGCCAGCAACAUGGCCGUGGUGUACGGCAAGGAGGCGAGUAUCUGGAAGCUCCAGGGGAAGGAGAAGUUCCUGAGCAUCCUGAACAAGUACAUGGAGAUCCACGGCACCGUGUACUACGAGAGCCAGCGGCCCCCCGAAGUCCCGGCCUUCGUGAAGAACCACGGCCUCUUGCCGCAGCCUGAGUUCCAGCAGCUGCUGCGCAAGGCCAAACUCUUCAUAGGGUUUGGCUUCCCCUACGAGGGCCCUGCCCCGCUGGAGGCCAUCGCCAACGGCUGUGUCUUCCUGCAGUCCCGCUUCAGCCCGCCCCACAGCUCGCUCAACCAUGAGUUCUUCCGGGGCAAACCCACCUCCAGAGAGGUGUUCUCGCAGCAUCCCUACGCAGAGAGCUUCAUUGGCAAGCCCCACGUGUGGACUGUCGACUACAACAACUCAGAGGAGCUCGAAACAGCCAUCAAGACCAUCGUGAGAACCCAGGUGGACCCCUACCUGCCCUACGAGUACACAUGUGAGGGGAUGCUGGAGCGGGUCCAUGCCUACAUCCAGCACCAGGACUUCUGUGCGGCCCCAGGCCCUGCCCCCGCAGGGGCCCGAGCCCCGGAGAGCCCCUUCAUCCUGGCCCCCAACGCCACUCACCUCAAGUGGGCCCGCAACGCCAGCUUGGCCCCCGGGGCCUGGCCCCCAGCGCACUCCCUCCGGGCCUGGCUGGCCGCCGCUGGGAGGGCCUGCACGGACGCCUGCCUGGACCACGGGCUGAUCUGCGAGCCCUCCUUCUUCCCCUUCCUCAACAGCCAGGACGCCUUCCAGACGCUGCAGGUGCCCUGUGAUGGCACUGAGUCGGAGAUGAACCACCUGUACCCGGCCUUUGCCCAGCCGGGCCAGGAGUGCUUCCUGCAGAAGGAGCCUCUGCUCUUCAGCUGCGCCGGCUCCAGCAGCAAGUACCGCCGGCUCUGCCCCUGCCGAGACUUCCGCAAGGGCCAGGUGGCCUUGUGCCAGGACUGUCUGUGA